CCUAGCGGAAGCCAAUCUGGAGAGUACCACGCACCUAACAGCCAAAUUAAAGCAGUGAGUCAAGGACAUCCUUUACUAGGUUACUAGGCGAGAGCUUGGUCCUUUGAGAUAUGGGAGGGCGCUCAGGACCUGUCUAGAGAGACAUCUGAGAGGGUCGGAGAAUUCGAUUAUGUUUGCACCCUCGACGAUGCGUGUCUUGCGCAAAAAUAAGACCCUUCGUUACGGAGUUCCCAUGUUGUUGCUGAUUAUUGGAGGUUCUUUUGGUCUUCGUGAGUUCUCACAAAUCCGAUAUGAUGCUGUGAAGAUUAAGAUUGAUCCUGAAUUGGAGAAAAAACUGAAAACAAAUAAAAUAUCGUUAGAGUCGGAGUACGAGAAAAUAAAGGAUUCUGCUUUUGAUGACUGGAAGAAUAUCCGAGGACCCAGGCCUUGGGAAGAUCCUGACCUCCUCCAAGGACGAAAUCCAGAAAUCCUUAAGACUAAGACAGCUUGACUAUAAUUUGUUUUUUUAAUCAAAAUAUUAUCAAUUGAACUUCCCACUACAUACUCUUAUCCAGCGGAGAGAAAAUUUUAGACUUGCAGAAACCUGGUUAUAAGUAAUUUGAUGGAAGAUAAUCUUGAUAAAAAGUCAAGUACAGGGACCAGCAGGUGGCAUGGUGGUUAAGGGCGCUGGACUCCAAUAUGGUCAACCAUAGUUAGAAUCCUGGCCCUGGUGGCUUCCCUUCUCGCUUUCUCUCUCUGACCCUCUCUGGUCAAAUUAAAAUAAGUAAAUAAAUAAAUAAAGUGAAAUAAAAUAAUUCUUUUAAAAAGAAAGUCAAGUACAGAUCUAUAUACCUCCCAGCUGUUUCUUGUGCACACAAAAGGAACAGUACUGAUAGCAUAUCUUUUAUACCUUCUAAUGAAAAAUGUGAACACUGCUAUAAACAUUGUCAUGUAUUUUCCUUUCCAGCUACCUAGCCAUAUUCCUUUUUCACCAUCUAGGAGGCAACAUGUUAAUAAUUCAUUCUGAUUUCUAUUAAGAAUAAUAGGUCUGGAUCCAAAUUCUCACAGUAAAAUCGAGAAGUGAUUUUAUGUCAUAUUCAUGUAGGAAAAUGAUAGUGUUCAUAAUCUGA